CAGGCUAAAAUGCUGGCUGACUUCCUCGCAUGGGCAACAAUGUACCAGCAAAGUUAGCUAGCUAGCUAGUUAAUGUGAGCCUACUCGCUCCCCUCUUCCGGCUCCCCUGAUUGAAUCGUGGGAUGGGACAAGGACAUGCUGGCCGGCCAAACCCUCGCCUAACUCGGACAAUGCUGGGACAAUUGUGCGUCGCGUCAUGGGUCUCCCGGUCACAGCCGCACGGGUCUUGAACCAGCAUCUGCAAAGAGCACAGCUCCUUUUACUCCUCCGGAGAUAAUAUGGAUAUAGAGAUGCAUCUGCUUGCCUCCCCCUGACGGCUUGUGUUUCGUAGCAAGCUUUCGUAGGGGCCUGCAAUUCAUUAUUAAUACUCAUAAUAUAAAUAGUUUAGGUUGGAUUAAUAUUGUAUGAUAUGUUCUGUAAGGCAAAAAGAUAUGAGUGACUUAUUUGGGAACAUAAAAUGGUGGUCUUAAAUUGAAAACGGUGCUAACCUCAGGGAAUAACGAUUUGCGUUUUUCCAACGAAUCCAAUAUAAACCUGAAGAGGAACAUAUUAUUGGACACUUAAACCAUUUGAAGUGGUCACCAAGGAAGCAUUGCUCAGGUAGAACGGCACUGGACAGACGGAAGUCUCCCCAGUCCUCUGGAAGGUUGACAGCACAAGGUCACAUGACCUGGAAGAGAAAACCCAGGAGACUUUUGGGAUCCCUUUUUGAAUGGGCCGGUUAUCAACCUGGAAACAAGUCUAAAGGCUGAUGAACUGAUCUGCACGGUCGUCCCCUCUGCUUUCUGCCAAACGGCUCCAUUAAUGCCCUGAGAACCCACGACCUAGCGCAACUCUGGUGACUGGCUGGCUACUGUACCAUCACACUCCUCCCAUUCCUGAGGAAACCCUCUUCACGACCACACUCCUCCUCUCUUCACCUCCACUCCCAGUAUGGAACCCAACAAAGUCCAGCCAGAGGGCGGCCUCAAUGUCACCCUCACCAUCCGCCUCCUCAUGCAUGGCAAAGAGGUUGGAAGUAUUAUUGGCAAGAAAGGGGAAACAGUGAAGAAAAUGCGCGAGGAGAGCGGAGCACGAAUCAACAUCUCUGAGGGCAACUGCCCCGAGCGGAUCGUCACCAUCACCGGCCCAACUGACGCCAUCUUUAAGGCCUUUGCCAUGAUUGCCUAUAAAUUUGAGGAGGAUAUAAUCAAUUCCAUGAGCAACAGUCCAGCCACCAGCAAGCCCCCUGUCACUCUGCGUCUGGUGGUGCCAGCCAGCCAGUGUGGAUCUCUCAUUGGGAAGGGAGGUUCCAAGAUAAAGGAGAUGAGAGAGUCCACAGGGGCACAGGUUCAGGUGGCAGGGGACAUGCUGCCUAACUCCACAGAGCGUGCCGUGACAAUCUCUGGGACCCCUGAAGCCAUAAUCCAGUGUGUCAAACAAAUCUGUGUGGUCAUGCUUGAGUCCCCACCGAAAGGUGCCACCAUUCCCUACCGCCCAAAGCCCGCCUCCACCCCCGUCAUUUUUUCAGGUGGCCAGGCCUACACAAUUCAGGGACAAUAUGCCAUCCCACACCCAGAUCAGUUGACCAAGCUCCACCAGUUGGCUAUGCAGCAAACCCCCUUUACCCCCCUCGGACAGACCACCCCUGCUUUCCCUGGUUUGGAUACCAGCCCCCCGGCCAGUACUCAUGAACUCACAAUUCCAAAUGAUCUAAUAGGCUGCAUAAUCGGGCGCCAGGGAACCAAAAUCAACGAGAUCCGCCAGAUGUCUGGGGCGCAGAUCAAAAUCGCUAAUGCCAUGGAGGGCUCGUCGGAGCGCCAGAUCACUAUCACAGGAAGCCCAGCCAACAUCAGCCUUGCCCAGUACCUCAUCAACGCAAGGUUCAGGGACGUGGCUGCCAUGUGGAAUGACCCGUCAUCCAUGACAACAUCCUGAGGCCCAAAUCUGGUUCCACUAUCAAGAAGCUAACAGCAGCAACUGUCUCCCCAUUAACCCCAUGUAUACUCCCAGAGAACUUAAUGGCUACCUGAUUCCUUUAGCACUUGACAAUUAAUUAAGCUUUUAGCAGCUUUGAAUAGGCUAAAGAGGCUAUUUGUAAAGCAAAGUGAAAAAAAUUGACUUGAAUUCUGUUCAUGUAAUGUAAAGAGUUUACGUAUAGUGUUUCAGCAUGCCGAAUGCUUAGGAUAAUUGUUACAUUAUUUUUCUGUAGUUAAUUGUCAGGCAAGUAAAAAUGGAUAAAAAGUGGAAAACAAAAAAAUAUUUUGCUAUACUGAGCAAUUGCUAUAAAUAUUGCUAUACUGAGCAAUGCUAUUGGCCAUGAGUCUCGAGUGAUGUGAUGCGUUUGUGAAGAAAUAUUGUUGCGUCAAAUUUUGAAUGAAAAGGAAGUGCUUUUUAUGUAAAUAGUAAGGAGGUUUCGGAGCUUCUCCUUUUUGCAGGGAGACUUAAAUUAUUAAGUCAACAACUUCUAUUGUGAUAAAGGACUACGUUUGAACUCACACUAUUUGUAGUUCAAGAGACUUAGGUGCAGGUUUUUCAAUUAGGGAAAAUCCAGAAUUAGAUUGGAUUGGUUUUUAUCAAAGUGCAUCAUAAAAUCCAUAUGCAUGACCAAUAUACAAUAGUAAAUGUAACAUGGAGACCUAAAAAGCCAGAAUGCUGCAGAGUUUCACUGUUGUGUGAAAGUGUCCAAUCUCUUUUUUCUAUAUUUUUCCUUCACCCUUCCCUUCUCCCCUCUUCCUUAACUAUUCUCUGCUGACGUCUGAGGUCACUGGAAUGUGAACACUAAUUUCUACCCAUCAUUCUUCACUGCAUCACACGACCCAUGUGCCAAUGGCAUUGCACGUUUAUUUUUGUUCUCUGUAUUUAUCUGUCCUGCGUCUUUAAGUGAUCCUAACUAAUUUAUUAUAUGUAAAGUUAACAUGAUUCUCCUCACCUGCCCUCAACAUACUAUUCAAAGGACACUUUAUUUUUUGGCAUUAUCAUGUGCUUUACUGUAAAUUCAGUUUAUUUAAUAAUUAUAAAACACAGCUAUCGUGUCUAUGCUCAUGAUAUAUGCAGGGUUCGAGAGAGACUAACCAUCCCAGAAUUGUCCCGAAGUGCAAUUUCAAACUCCCCAAAAAGAAAAUAAACUGUCCCAAAUUAAAA